AUGACAUCCACGCCCCCGAAGAAAGCGCUUGAGCAGUGCUGUUGCAGUGGCGCGGGGCUGGUGGCGGUGAACGGCGGGAUUGGCGCAGGAGGGAAGGACAACGGUGCCGGGCUGCUGCUCUCCGCGGCAGCUAGGAGCUCGCAGGCUGGUUGCGGGACCUGUGGCGCGACGAAAUCCUCCGAGAUAACCGGAUCUAACGGCAGAGGCGGCUGCGCUGAGGGUGAUGGCGUGCCUUUGACCGCCGCCAGCCGCGUCAACUGGUGCGAGGUCACCGCGAUGGAGGAAGGCGGCAGGCACUCAACCGGCGCAAGGGCUGCCGUCGGCGGCCACCUGGGUGUGGAUGGAGGGCACAUGGACGGCGACGGCGGCGACCACACGGGCGUCGAGGGCAGCAACCAGACGGGCGGCGACGGCGGCGACCAUACAGGCCUCGAGGGCGGCCACGCGACCGGUGCCAGGGCCGCCAUCUGUGCGGAGAAGUCGUCCACCUGGCGCUGCAGGAGAAGGUCGCGGAUCCCGUCCAACUGUUGGCCCAAGUUGAGGACGGCGGCGGUUAACUGCGCCGGCAUGACGAAGUUGGGGGGCGUCGCGCCCUGGGGGAACGACGAGGAUGGCACGGUCGAGGACGAAGAGAGCGCGAGUGCCAUGGUGGACGACAGUGGCGGCGGCGGCGGUGGUUGGGGCGGAGGUCGCAGGGGGGCCUAA